AUGGUGGCAGGACAAGAGAUCGAGUUCAGAGCCUUGACAAUCAUUGACCUAGUGACCAACUUGGUCAAAAUUGUGCGCAUUAAGGACAAAACGUGUGCAAACGUAACGCUUCAGUUUGAAAACGCUUGGCUUGCCCGUUACCUGCACCCUGCAACCGUCAUCCAUGACCAAGGAACCGAAUUCACGGGAUUCGACUUUCAAAAUCAUUUGAAUCUACACGGAAUUGAACCUCGUUCUAUCUCUGCCAAGAAUCCUCAAGCAAAUGCAGUUUGCAAACGGAUGCAUCAAACUAUUGGUAACUCUCUUAGAGUAUUGGUUACACUGAACCACCCUUUCAACAUCAAUGAUGCCAAACAAUUAGUUGACACUGCCACUGCAAAUGCAGUGUAUGCACACCGCUGCUCUUAUCACGGAACUAUAACCGCUACGCCCGGAUCACUUGCCUUCCACCAUGACAUGAUCCUAGAUCUUCCAAUGCAAGCUGACCUUCAGCUCAUUCAACAACAUUGA